AUGGCUAUGAAGGCUCUCACCCUCUCAAUUCUUGGCCAUAAGAACUCAAUAUCUGAAACCAACAAACAACAGGUUGUUCUGCUAUCAAACAAGAAUCCCCACGAGUUAUUCCGUGUCCUUGAAACCGAAAUUAACAUUGGUGAAAACCCGUCCAAGGACAUCAUUUUACUUCCUUCACCGAGAGUUUUCAACACUCACCUCUCAAUCUUACCGGAUCAUAUCGAGAACUCAGGCUGCCUUAUCGUGUACGUCGCAUGUCAUCCGGCAGACACAAUUGUGUCCCUUUCGCAUGUCUGUAACAAGCAGUUUGGCAACACAAUCUCCCUGGAAGAGGCCUUUCAUGAGUUAUGUCAAGGCUUUCUUUGUGCCUGCUGGUUCAUACUUCGACCAUAUAUUUGGCUGGCAAGCAUCAAUAACUCUUUUGCUGUAUGUAUCCCAAAAAGUAAUUCGUGGCUUCACUGCCUCUACAUAGCAAUGAUGCAUUUGCCGACCAUAUGUGCGGACUGCGGUGGCUCAUCCCUAACAAAGUCAACAAAUUGUUGGAAUAAAGGCAUCUUUUAA